UUCGUUUUCACUUUUCAACUCGCACCAUCAUCCCCCCCCGCCACGCACCUCGGGCCCCCCAGCUCCGUCACGCGACACCCCCCCCCCCCAUGGCUGCGCUGCGGAUCAGCCCCCAGGCCGAGGCCCAGGUGGAUUCCUUCCGGACCCAGCUCUGUGCCCAGGCUGAAGUGCUGGUUGGGACCCGGUUCCCCAGUAAGAUAACUCAGCUGGAUGCAUUCCUCAAGGACCCGGCGCUGAACGUGGGGGACUUUGAGUCCCUGCGGGCCCCGCUCGACAUCCCCAUCCCUGACCCUGCCAAGGAGAAGGCAAAAGCCGAGCGCCGCAAGAAGGAAGAAAAGAAGGAAGAGAAGAAAGACGAGAAGAAGUCGGAGGAGGAGGAUAAAGCGCCCCCCUGUGGCCCCGUGAGCAGCAAUGAGACGGUUGUGGGGCUGGUGAGCCGAGUGAAAGCCGAGAUCCAGGGCGCCAAGGAGGAGCUGGGGCUGGUCUCUGUCUGGGUUCAACUCCAGGUGCCCCGUAUCGAAGACGGCAACAAUUUUGGGGUUGCAGUCCAGGAGAAGGUGUUUGAGCUGAUGACGGCCUUGCGGACGAAGCUGGAAGGAUUUCAGACCCAGAUCUCCAAGUAUUUUUCCGAGAGAGGCGACGCAGUGGCUAAAGCGGCCAAAAAUCCUCACGUGGGUGAUUACCGGCAGCUGGUGCACGAAUUGGACGAGGCGCAAUACGCUGAGAUCCGGCUGAUGGUGAUGGAAAUCCGGAACCUCUACGCCAUUCUCUACGACAUCGUGGUCAAGAACUUCGAGAAGAUCAAGAAGCCACGGGGCGAAACCAAAGGCAUGAUCUACUGAGUGACCUUUCACCUCCGGCCUCCACCAAUCGCAGGGCGGGUUGGGAAGAGAGGCAAAGGCGGGACUUCCUGUCUCGCCGCCUGCUGCUGAUCAGAAAAAUAGAGCUUUAGGGGUUUCGCGGCCGGUUUUGAUUUAAAAAAAAAAAAAAGAAAGAAAGAAAAGGCAACAAAAUGCCAAAAAUUUGCGAAAUGGAAAAUGUUCGAGGUUGUUGGAAAAUUAAGGAAAUGAAACUUUGUUUGCCAGAAAAGGAAACUGAAUGGCCCCAAACAAACCUGUGAAAUCAUUUUAAAGAUGCAAAAAAAAUUAAGGACUUAAAAAAAAUUGAAGGAAAUUGAGCAGCAAAAAAAUGAAAGGACAAGAUCUGAUGGCGACAAAGUCUCUGCCCCCAAGUCUGCGUGAAAUGGCAAAAAUUCAACCUGGCCCCAAUGAAGAAAAGCCGUAAACGAGCAUGAUUCAGUACGACGAGCGUCAUGAAAUGGAAACCACGAACGUCAGAACAAAUCCCGGGACUGGAAAGCCAAACCACGCCCUUACAGGGAAGAUUUUGCCCCCACAAAUUUAGGUUUUUGGCAUUUUAAUUCCUUAUUUUGUCCUUUUCGCAACUAGUUUUGCCUUAUGUUCCUUAGCAGUUUAAGGAGUUGCAAUAAAAUAAAAUGAACGAAUUGAAAGCAAA